AUGUCGUGGAGUCAAAAGUCGUUUAAAUUUGCGUCGCGGUCGCAAGGCUGCUAUCUGGUGACUGACGAGGUUUAUGAUAAUAUUGGAUCACUGAUUUCCGAGUACGAGGUCGGAAUGGUCAAUAUCUUUCUCCAGCAUACCAGUGCCGGUUUAACACUGAAUGAAAACUGGGAUUCGGAUGUUCGUGAAGACAUGAAAAACGCUCUGGCACGAAUUGCCCCUGAAAGCGACACCGACUACAUUCACAACGCAGAGGGCCCCGACGACAUGCCCGGCCAUAUCCGCAGCACCCUCGUCGGAGCCUCGCUAAACAUCCCUAUCCGCAAUGGCAAAAUGGCCCUCGGCACUUGGCAGGGCAUCUGGCUAUGCGAAUUCCGCGCCCGUCGCCAUACUCGAACCGCCGUGGCUACUAUCCAGGGCCAAAAGUACUAG